AUGUCCGUGCUCCGGCCCGGGCGGCGUCUGGAGCGGCCGCAGAAACCGCUCAGCCCAGCCUGGCAGUCGGCUCCAUCAACGCACGGCGGGGCUCAGCCGAGGAAGCAAAGGAAAGCAGAAGGGGGCGAGCGAGACGCCAGGGAGGCGACGGAGGAGGCGCGCCGGGCCCGGCUAGGCACACCGGGCGAGCAGCCUCCGCUCGGCUCCACCGCCUCCAGCGCGCUCGCUCACGGCUCCGCGCCUCGCGGCCCGGGGCGCCGGGUGGCUGCCGAUGGGGUAAACGAGGCACCGGGGUUGCUCGGGCCUUUCUCCCCGGCUGCUUCGCCCUCGUCCUGCCCUGCCCUGCCCACCCGGCUCCGCGGGCCUGGCCCGCUUACCCCGAGCACCGCCGCGCCCCGCCGGACUGGCCGCCCGGCCGGGCGCAGGCUCCCUCAAAGGCCGCCGGGCUCGCGCGGCUCCGCUCGCCUCGGCGCUGGCAGUGAAGGGGCCGGCCCCGCGCGCCGGGAGGGAGCUUUUAAAGCGACACACACGCCUCCCAGCGCCCAGAACCGAGCGCGCGAGCCGGGGGGUCUUGCCACCCUAGGGAGCGGGUUGGACUGGGCGCCAGCGGGACUGGAGGAGAGCUAG